GUUCGUAAUGCGCGCGCGUGUAAUUUCUGUUGGUAAUACCGUUUUUCCUCCCAGUGCUCCCGGGUUGUAGAGAGAUAGAGCAGAGGCCAGUGAAAUCGAGUGAAAGAUUGAAAAAAAAAGGAUUGCCCGUGGAAAACCCAGCGAUACCCAAAAUCAAAAGGAAAUAACGUGAAUUACGGGGAAUAAUUGAUAUCGUGCAAACAGUGGAGUUGAAGUUUGACGCUCAGUAAUCGGGGAAAAAAAAACUGUGGAGUGAUCGUACAUACCUCAAAGAUAUAUAUCCAGUUUAUUUCAGUUUUUAUUAUCCCUCGACGACGUCUGAAUGAAAAGAAAAAAAAAUUCAGGGAAUUAUUGAGUCGGGAAGAACUGGAAAUUGAUUCGGUGGAUAAUUCUUUUUAUUUCGGGCAUAUCUCGGUGUUCGAAGGUGUUAAUAGUGGAUAUUAAUUCAUGUGAGUGAGUUAACGUGUGAAGGUGAAUUGCUGGGUGAUUAAUUUUCGGGGGUGACGCCUGUGAUCGGUUUUUUUCCAAGGGUGGAGGUGACGUGAAUUUAUCUCAGUCAUUUUAGCACAGGCACGGCUCCGCACGGGAGCUUAUCUAGGGGUGGCAACGACCGCGCUAGAAGGUGUCGAAGAAGGUGGUGGCGCGUGGGUCGUCUGGAGGAAAAAAAAACGCAAGAGGAUUGGUAUCAUCACUACCACAAAAGUAUUUUCAUGAAAUACUUCUAGUGUCAUUAUCCCGCAAAUACGAUUACAAACGUAGAAAGGAACCCGGAAAGUGGAGAAGAAGGUGGAGAGUGGACGUUGCUGCUCCGUAUUAAUUAUUAAUUUCACUUGAAUACAAUAAUACAAGUGACUGAAACUAUAAUCGACAAGUUUCUUUAACGUUCAUUUUAAAUACCGUAAGGAAUAGGAAGGAAUUAUCAAGUGACGACGAGUUAACACAGCUGAUUCAAUCAUGAAUGAAUCAGAGAGUCUUCGUUCGGAGGCGGAAGCCCUGAAAAAUGCCAUUCGGGAUGCGAGAAAAGUGGCGUGUGAUACUAGCCUUGUGCAGGCAACAGCAGGGAUGGAACCCAUUGGACGGAUACAAAUGCGAACGAGACGUACAUUACGCGGUCACUUGGCGAAAAUUUAUGCGAUGCAUUGGGGUAGUGACUCCAGAAAUUUGGUAUCAGCCUCUCAAGAUGGCAAACUCAUCGUGUGGGACAGUUACACCACAAACAAGGUACAUGCAAUACCAUUGCGAUCAUCAUGGGUAAUGACUUGUGCGUAUGCACCAUCGGGUAGUUACGUCGCUUGCGGUGGUCUCGACAACAUAUGCUCUAUCUACAGUCUCAAGACACGAGAAGGAAAUGUACGAGUCAGUCGUGAAUUGCCAGGACACACUGGAUAUUUAUCUUGCUGUCGAUUUCUAGAUGACAAUCAGAUUGUCACUAGCUCUGGCGAUAUGUCAUGUGCUUUGUGGGAUAUUGAGACUGGGCAGCAGUGCACCUCAUUUAUCGGUCAUACCGGCGACGUUAUGUCGCUGUCAUUGGCACCAGACAUGCGCACAUUUGUCUCUGGUGCAUGUGACGCUAGUGCUAAAUUAUGGGACAUCCGUGAGGGCUCGUGCAAGCAAACCUUCCCUGGCCAUGAGAGCGAUAUCAAUGCCGUUACGUUCUUCCCCAAUGGAUGGGCAUUUGCGACGGGUUCAGACGACGCCACAUGCCGAUUGUUUGACAUACGUGCUGAUCAAGAAUUGGCUAUGUACAGUCAUGACAACAUCAUCUGCGGUAUUACGAGUGUUGCAUUCAGUAAGAGUGGAAGACUCCUCUUAGCUGGAUACGAUGACUUCAAUUGUAAUGUUUGGGACUCCAUGAAGAGUGAACGCGCAGGAAUCCUCGCCGGACACGAUAAUCGUGUGUCAUGUCUGGGUGUGACUGAGGACGGAAUGGCAGUAGCGACAGGCUCAUGGGAUUCGUUCCUUCGUAUUUGGAACUAAACAAUCGAUCAAUCGUUUUUAUUUCAACCAUUGAAAAGCUAAUUCUCCACUUAUUUUCAAGAUUUCUCCGUUUUUUUAAUUUCCACGGGAUAAUCUCAUUGGCACGUACCUCCAAAGAACCAAAAGGAGAAGAUAAUAUCCAGACUCCAAAUGAUAAAUCGAUAUUUCCUAUUACCAUAGAUUAAACAUCAUGAAUAAAUGACCACCACGAGUUCGUCACAUGCCAGAAGGAGAAUAAAUAGAUGAAGAAAUUUUAAAUAAGUUAUUGUUGGCUCAAUUUUUUUCAUUGAGCAGUUGAUUGCUGGGGGAUUGAGUGAAAGACCAUUUCUUCAUGAGAAGAAAUCGCCAAAGAGACGAUUGAAAUGCAACAAAAAGAAAAUCAUAAAAAAAUGUUUUUUAACGUUUGUUUUUUGGAUUCCAAUUUUUCUUUUAAAUAAUCUUGUGUUCAGGACCGGUGUCACUGUUAUUGCGAGUGCAAUUGUAUUAUCCAACUCAUGAUAUUUAACUAUUAGCAUUGACAAAUUCCACUGGUCCUGUUUGUGUUCACAAUAUAAAAAAAAAAUAUAUAACUGAAUGAUGUGACUUAAGAGCAGAAAUAACCCAAAAUAUUCAAAUGAAACGAUAAAAAAUAAUGAAUCUAACGCACGAUCUCGAGUGAUUUUUUUACAAUGCACACAAAUAAUUUUUAAUGAAUCCAUAAGAUCCGUGAAAUUAUCACGUCAGGGCUGCAAUGGUAGGCAAUGGCGAUUAGAGCCCAAAGGGUUGAAUAAAUGCAGAGAUAAACAAUCGAUUAAUCAAUAAUUUAACGUCGAUUUUUUUAUUUUGUCACGCUGAAAUACAAUUGUACACAAAUCAACAGAGUAAUUCGGGCGCACAUGAUAUCACAAAUAAGAGCAUAAAAUGAAUUACAAAAUAAAAAAAAGUGCAAGGGGGAAAGAAAUAAUUCCUUGAGAUUUUUAUUUUCCCAUUGACUAUUCUGUUAUUUAUUUUGUAUAGAGAACUCCUGUUUGCCAUAAAUAUCAUCCUCGUUGGGAAGAAAGAAUAGUUUUUCUUUCGAUUCAAUUAAAUCAUAUGAUAAUCCACUUAUUAUUAUUAUAUAAUGUUAGAAGAGAGAAUGAUUAUCGAAGAAUUGCACAGAUUUACAAUUUUUACUUCCCAUUGGAUCAUUUCUACGCAUAUGGUUAUUGGAGAAUAUUU